CCCCGCUAUGACUCGGACUGGGAGUUGAUAAAAUUUCACCGCUUCUUCAGUCUCCUCUCUCUAAUCUCUCCUUCUCAGUCCAGUGAAACCAAAAAUGGCUCUGCAACUGUGGGAAACACUGAAAGAGGCAAUCGUAGCAUACACAGGGCUCUCUCCUGCGACCUUCUUCACACUGUUAGCUCUGCUGGUUGCCAUAUACCAUGUCAUCUCGGGCCUCUUUGGGUCGUCUGAUAACCAUCAGACGCCCAGGAACAUGGAGGAGAUGCAGCCUCUGGCUCCUCCUGUCCAGUUGGGCGAGAUCACUGAAGACGAGUUGAAGCAAUACGACGGCACCGAUUCCAAGAAGCCUUUGCUCAUGGCUAUCAAGGGUCAGAUCUAUGACGUGUCUCAAAGCAGGAUGUUUUAUGGACCUGGUGGGCCUUACGCACUGUUCGCAGGAAAAGAUGCUAGCAGAGCUCUUGCAAAAAUGUCUUUUGAAGACAAAGAUCUGACUGGUGAUAUCUCUGGUCUUGGUCCAUUUGAACUUGAUGCCUUACAGGAUUGGGAAUACAAGUUCAUGAGCAAGUAUGUCACGGUUGGAACUAUUAAGAAGGCAGAAACUGAUGGAGAAGCCACUGGUGAAACCACUAAAGCUGCUGAAGAUAUUCCAUCUGAAAGCUCAGCUGUUAAAUCUGAGGAAACCUCAACUAGUGCUGAAGCUAAGCAAGAGUGAAACGUUGGGUAAACCGUUUCUCUGGAGGGUAGUUGCAAGGUUGGGGUUUGGCUGCGCAUAGUUGAUGAAUCUUCUGCACUCAUAAGUUUACUGCAUUCAUAGCCUAGGAUACUCCCGUUAUAUAAUCAGAUUUUCGUGGAUGUUUAAUUUGUGAUGUAAUAAAUGAGCAAUGUCAGACUUCUUUGAGUACUUUAUGCGGUUAAGGAAUUAUAUAUAGAUGAUGAUUCGUACAUGCGAAA